CUUUAGAAUUGCUUCAAGCAUCAACUCUUCAAAUAAAAAAAUCAGCAAUAUCUUCUCCCAUCCAUCAGCUCCAACCCUAAUUCUUCCUUAUAGUUUCUGUCAAAAUAAGAGGAGAAUAGGGGAAACCCUAGUUAGAAAGAAAGCGAUGGGGAGAGGAAAAACAGUAAUUCGAAGGAUCGAUAAUAUGACAAGCAGGCAAGUGACAUUCUCAAAGAGAAGAAGUGGUCUACUCAAGAAAGCUGAGGAACUCUCAAUUCUUUGUGAUGCUCAAGUUGGACUUAUCAUUUUCUCCAGUACAGCAAAGAUCUAUGAUUUCUCAAGCACAAGCGUGAGAUCUGUAAUAGAGAGGUACAACAAAGUGAAAGAGGAACAUCUUAAUCUCCUGAAUCCUAUGUCAGAGGUCAAGUUUUGGCAAGGGGAAGCAGUAAACUUAAGGCAACAGCUGCAUUACUUGCAAGAAAGACACGGGCAGCUUUUGGGUGAAAAACUUUCUGGACUCAGCAUCAAAGAUCUUACAGACGUGGAAAACCAACUUGACAUGAGUUUGAGAAGCAUCCGAAUGAAAAAGGAGCAAGUUUUAAAUGAUGAAAUCAAAGAACUGAAUCGGAAGGGUAAUCUCAUUCGUCAAGAAAAUAUAGAACUGUAUGAGAAGGUGAAUCUCGUUUAUCAAGAGAAUAGAGAGUUGCAGAAAAAGGACUGUGGCGGUGGAGAUAGAAAUGAAGCAAAUGAGAGUGCUCCUACACACGGGAUCAGCUAUGGAUAUGAUUUUAUCAAUCUCCAGCUAAGCCAGCCACAAGGACAGAGGAAUGAAACAUCAUCAAACGCAAUGAAGCUCGGACUACAACUGCAAUACAAAGCAGAUUGAGAGCUUCUGUUCUAUCUCAACUAGCUUACAGCUACGAGAUGGUUAUAUGAAUGACAUUGUUAAACAAGAUAGAAGGACAAAUUCAUCAAGGCAGAGGCAUAUACAUCGGCUCUGCCAAUAUAUUGAAUAGCUUUACAACCUUUAUAAACAUGUAGAAGUUUAUAUAUGUAAUGUAAUGUAAUCUAAUCUCGGACAAAAAAUAAGAACGAGAUCAUGGCAUUUAUCUGGGUUUGCUUCAGUAGUACGUAGGUGUUAAAUGAAAAUGGUUGUAUGAUUAAACCUUGUUCUUGGCACUGAUGUUCGCAUGAUCUGCAUUCGGAAAACGUUUGCAGCAAAAACCCCAAGUUCAUUCAAAGUUUAUAUAUUAAUUGGAGUGCUUAAUAUACAUGUUUCUUAUUGAGUAUGUUGGGCAUAAACCCGCCACAAAAAUAAUAAUUAUGGUAUUUGAGCGGAAUAAUAAAGUAGCACCGCAAUACGGUUAAUAAACAAUAAUGAAAAAAGAGCGAUAAUGAUACCAAGAUUUUUUACGUGGAAACCCAAAAAGGAAAAUGCCAGGGGCCAAGAAGAGCAAUUAAUAUCACUACAGUAAGGAUUUUACACUAUGUAGCAAAGACUACUACACAAUUAAAAGAAAUAACCCUCUUUUGAAAUUUUCCUACCUCACUACAAUAUCACUCACACUCUCUUUCCGCAUAGACUAUUUUUCUAUUUGUGAGUGUCUCACUCUUCUUUCUCUCUUUGUUUGGUGUGAUUAAGAAUGAAAAAAUGCCUCUCCUUUUAUAGGAGAAACAAACUUUGUCCCAGAGUUUGCUACAUGAACACAGUGAUUUUCCUCCAUAUCUUUCCAAACUUUGGCUCCAAGAAAAUCAAUAUUAGCCAAUUAAUUUUGGCACAUGGAAUAUCAUUACACAUGGGGCUUGGACCCCAUCAGAGUAUCCUUGUUGAGUAUCCCACAUUGGUCUAGAGGAUGGGAUGUUGUCUUUCUAUAUAAACAUCAUUAGUAAAAACUCAAGUUCCUUCAAAAUAGCAAUUCAAGACUUGAAGUGCCUAAUUAACGCGUUUCUUGUUGAGUGUCAUACACUGGUUGAGACUUGAGGGGGUGGGUUGUUAUCUACUUAUAUGAUUUCGGGCAAUCCUCCUCUUUGAGAUAGCUUUUGAGGGGGCGGUAAGCUCAAAAUCCAUUUUCUCAACAUGACUUCAGAGCUAGACCUAUCUCAAUUCAUGGUUUACCCAAUAUUGACCCUAUGUUACAUUGUCCAUGCUUCAAAUGUCCAGUCUUGAAAAGAUGAGUUGUUUCCUUCUUAUAUGGUCUUGAACAAUCCUUCCAUUAUGAGCUAUCUUUUGAUGUUGAAUUUGAUCCAAAGGGCAUUUACUUAACAUUUCAAUUUAUGACGGGAGAGACUGACAGGCUAAAGUCCUACGUGCAAUGCAUCAUAUUCACCAAUAGUUAAGCUUAAUUAAGCACAUGAAGACAUUGAGAUUCAAAAUCUGCAAGUGUUUGGAGUUCUUGCAAAGAAAAAAAGGCUUGCAACAACCCACUGGCACUAUGUUGGCUUUCUUGUAACUGUCACUAUCUUUAAUAUAAAUAAGCUUCCAUUCUAUUCUUUCUUUUGCAUACUGUGAUCUUGAUAUUGGCUUUUCCCGUAUGGCACGA